CUUCUGAAGACAGAGAAAAACAACAUGGCGCUAUGUCGUUGUUUGAAAUGUUUUUGUUUCCACUUUUAGACAGAAAACGCUUCAGAAAAUUGAAAGUAGAGGUUUGAAAAUUAUAUUUAUUUGUAUUUACAUUGUUGCUGCCCAAAAUGACUUGAUAUUCACCGUCUGAUAUAACCGUGUAAUCAAAUUUUUGUAUACAAACAUCGUGGAACGCCGCUUAUUAGGAACUCAGAACUCCCGGCAAUCCCGGGUUUGCUGUUCAGAUAUUGUGUACUCAGUCCAUUAAAGUUGCUAAUGACCUUGGGGAAAGUGUGAACGUCACAACGUUCCUUUUUACCAAUCUGUUUUAGAAAUUAUUAGACAAAAAGAGUAAUUUUUAAAAACUAGUGUACUUGACGAACCAUUGACCGAUCAAGUUCUCGAUUCGCAUUUAUCCUCUGAAGAUGGCUAAUCUUAGCUUCAUAGACGACGAAUCUAUUCAUCGUUUGGAAGGCAGCACUGAAAAAGUUGGGGGCUUGGUUGUGAUGAAGAAAAGCCCUUCUUCCAUUGACAGUUCGUUCAAGUUUCAAAAACCAGGUGUAUCCCUCUUGGGACUCGACCGACUGGCUGCCCAAAAGCGUAAAGUCCACGACCACGGAGAUACAGAAGAAUCAAAAGAGAAGGGUUCCAAAGGAAAUAUUGAAGAAAUAAGAUCGAAAUCUCAUAAAGACAGACAUUAUCGUGCUCCAAGAGAUGAGACCCCAUCACAUCCCGGGGGUGUCAAUACUGUUGCAAAGGAAAAGAUCAAAAGCCGUCAUCAUCGAGAGCGUGGGGUUUUUGCAUCAUCAAAAGACAGCAAGAAGCAUAGGAGUGAAACGUCUGAGAACGAGCAUCGAAGUUGGCAGCGUAAAAGCGAUCGAGAUAAAAGCUACAAGCACCGAGAUAGAGAUGAACGAGAUCGAAGCAAGCAUCGGGACCAUCAUAAAAGUUCUCAUAGGAGGAGAGAUGACCACAGUGAGAGAAGUAGCCGAAGUGGGUCAGAAUCUUCUUCAAGAGAAAAUAGAAGUGUGCGAAGCAGUUCUCGUAGCUGGGAAUUCUCUGAACGGGAGAGUCGACGACGGGAACGAGAAUGGGAGGAAACACCACGUCGGGAACAGUCAGAUGAACCUGCCACUCCGGACCUCCGACCAACUGACACACCAUUAACGAAAGCUGCCUGGGAUGAUGAUGAUGGUGUUCCUGCCACAAAGUCUAGUUGGGAUCUGGCAUCUGUUGGUGGGUCACCUUACACGGAUGAUAGGAGUGAACGUAGUGAUUCAUGGGUAGACAGGGACAGAAGCAGGGCAAGUGAGUCAAGGUCUUUUCAGAAAAUUUCCGAAACUCCCCUUCCUACACCCACCUAUAAACACAACAAGUGGAUGAAUGAUAGAGACAGAAGGCACUCAUCACGCAGAGAGAAAUUAGACAUCAAAUUUGAAACUGAAGAAGAGAAAAAUGAUUGGGAAGAUGAACAGAAACGCCUUGAUCGAGAAUGGUAUGGCAUGGAUGAGGGUUAUGAUGACGAGCACAACCCAUUCUCUGGAACUUCCAAUGAAUACACAAAAAAGAAAGAAGAAGAAAUGGAACAGAGGAAGAAGAAAAGAAUGUCAGCUCGUCAGAGACAAAUCAACAAGGAUAUUGAAAUGUGGGAGACAAACCGGAUGCUGAGGAGUGGAGUGGUCACCAAAAUCGGUUACGACGAUGACUUUGAGGAAGAUAAUGAGGCACGUGUUCAUUUACUAGUGCACAACACAGUGCCACCUUUCCUUGAUGGUAGAAUUGUAUUCACCAAACAACCAGAGCCUGUAAUCCCUGUGAAGGACCCCACUUCAGACAUGGCUGUAGUGUCCCGCAAAGGCUGUGCAGUUGUAAGAUCAUACAGAGAACAGAAGGAGCGGAAGAAGGCCCAAGUGAAGCACUGGGAAUUGGCUGGAACCAAAAUUGGUGAAAUUAUGGGAGUGAAAAAGGAAGAUGAAACUGACAAAAAUGGAGAUGUAGAUUAUAAAACUGGCCACAAGUUUGCAGAAGUGAUGUCUGACCAAACAGAAGCUGUUAGCGAAUUUGCUAAACGUCGUACCAUCUUACAACAGAGACAGUACUUGCCUAUUUUUGCUGUGCGAAAUGAGCUGUUGAACAUAGUCCGAGACAACAGUGUGGUGAUUAUUGUUGGAGAGACUGGCUCAGGGAAAACUACUCAGUUGACUCAGUAUCUUCAUGAAGAUGGCUAUACCAACUAUGGCAUGGUCGGCUGUACCCAGCCGCGUCGAGUCGCUGCCAUGUCUGUUGCCAAACGUGUUUCUGAAGAAAUGUCUGUUGAACUUGGUGAACAAGUUGGGUAUGCUAUUCGAUUUGAAGAUUGUACUUCUGAGAAUACUCUCAUAAAAUAUAUGACAGAUGGUAUUCUGUUGCGAGAGUCUUUGAGAGAAUCUGACUUGGAUAAUUACAGUGCCAUCAUAAUGGAUGAAGCUCAUGAAAGGUCGCUCAGUACAGACGUUCUCUUUGGUCUGCUACGAGAAGUAGUUUCUCGAAGGCAAGAUUUGAAGCUAAUUGUUACAUCAGCCACCAUGGAUGCAUCUAAAUUCUCAACUUUCUUUGGAAAUGUUCCCAUUUUUAAAAUUCCUGGCCGAACAUUCCCUGUUGAUGUGUUGUUCAGUAAAAACCCUGUUGAAGACUAUGUUGAUUCUUCUGUAAAACAGGCCAUGCAGAUCCAUCUCCAACAAGCAGAAGGUGAUAUUUUGGUAUUUAUGCCUGGUCAGGAAGAUAUUGAAGUGACGUGCGAAUUGAUAUCAGAACGUCUUUCACAGCUUGAUGAUCCUCCGCCCUUGGCCAUUCUUCCCAUAUAUUCACAACUUCCCAGUGAUUUACAAGCGAAGAUUUUCCAGAAAGCUCCAGAUGGCAUCCGGAAAUGUGUGGUUGCCACAAAUAUUGCAGAAACUUCCCUGACAGUUGAUGGUAUUAUGUUUGUCAUUGAUUCCGGUUACUGCAAACUGAAAGUGUUUAAUCCCAAAAUCGGUAUGGAUGCCCUUCAGGUAUUCCCCAUCAGUCAGGCCAAUGCUAAUCAACGAUCUGGACGUGCUGGUCGAACUGGACCAGGACACUGUUACCGCCUGUAUACUGAAAGGCAGUAUAAAGAUGAAAUGCUGGUCACUUCAGUUCCAGAGAUCCAAAGAACAAACUUGGCCAAUGUUGUAUUGCUUUUGAAAUCCCUUGGGGUCCAAGAUCUCUUGCAGUUUCAUUUUAUGGACCCACCUCCACAGGACAAUAUACUGAAUUCUAUGUAUCAGCUGUGGAUUCUUGGUGCUCUAGACAACACAGGCAUGCUUACACCGCUUGGCCGUCAAAUGGUAGAAUUUCCUUUAGAUCCUGCCUUAUCAAAAAUGCUUAUAAUUUCAAUGGAGAUGGAAUGUAGUGCUGAAAUUCUUGUAAUUGUUUCAAUGCUAUCUGUGCCCGCCAUAUUCUACAGACCAAAAGGACGAGAAGAAGAUUCCGAUUCUUCAAGAGAGAAGUUCCAAGUGCCUGAGAGUGACCAUUUAACUUAUCUGAAUGUCUAUCAGCAAUGGAAAAGAAAUGGCUACUCAGCGAACUGGUGCAAUGAACAUUUCAUACACAUAAAAGCCAUGAGAAAGGUGCGAGAAGUACGGCAACAGCUGAAAGAGAUUAUGGACCAACAGAAGAUGGAUUUGAUCUCCUGUGGAAACGACUGGGAUGUUGCACGGAAAAGCAUUUGUUCGUCCUAUUUCCACCAGGCUGCAAGACUCAAGGGCAUCGGAGAAUAUGUUAACUGCCGAACGGGGAUGCCAUGUCACUUACACCCUACCAGCGCCCUCUUUGGCAUGGGCUACAAUCCUGACUAUAUUGUCUACCAUGAAUUGGUUAUGACAUCCAAGGAAUACAUGCAAUGUGUAACUGCUGUGGAUGGUCAGUGGCUAGCAGAGAUGGGACCAAUGUUUUAUACAAUUAAGGACUCGACAAAGUCAAGACAGGAUCGUAAGAAACAGGUGAAGGAAGAGAUGACAGCAAUGGAAGAUGAGAUGAAAAGAGCUGAUGAACUGAUCAAAGCCAGGAAGGAGCAACAAGAACGGUCUGCCCUUGGUUCUAAAAGGUCAAAUAUUGCUACCCCAGGGAGAGUAGAUCCAGCAACUCCUUGGUCAAAUAGGAAAUCAUCCGGGAAAUUUGGCCUGUGAAUACAGCAUUCGUGUGAGAGGAGCAGGAAGAUUAGGUGUUUUGUAAAUAAUUUAUGAAAUUGUUUCUAAUAAAUUUGUUGAAAAUUUA